ACAAACGAAUGAAUGAAUGAAUGAAUGAAUGAAAUAUUUGCAUUAAUAAUUAAAAGUGCUCAGAGGACAUAAAGUUUCAUCUCAAAAGAAAUUGUUCAGGAUUGAGUGUAGGUAAGGUGUGAAAUAAUCAAUUUCAUAGACAUCAGUGUCACAUCAGUAUGACAUCACACAACUUGGCUGACGCACAAAACUAAAAGCCAAUGAAUGUUUCAGUCUGACUUAGCAAAAAGGGUUUUGGAUGUGUUUUGUAUAAGGUCUAAAACUUCAGAAAUUCGUUUCUUUUAAACCAUCCAACUAGUGCACUUGAAUUGUAGCAGCAUCACUCAUUGAGAACAGGCACCUGAACCAAACUGUCCAAUCUAAAAGCAGUAAAAAAUAAAAAGUAAAAAAAAAGAUCAGGUCAGACGUGCAACUCUUCAUAGACUUACAAUAGAAUUAUGCCCUUUCCAAUAUGGCGGACGAGAUGACGUAUCGUACAAGUUAUACAGCGGAUAAUCGGACUCCCUAGAAAGUUAAGCUAACUAGUGUCGCAUGUAUAUCGUCUGUCUCAGACCUAACUAGCUGAUCCAAGAUGGAUCAGGUGAUAAGUCCCGAAUAGCACUACGCUCCCUACUGUAGCACACUACAGAGGGUUAAAUGUAAUGGCGGUUUUGUCCUAUGUAGUGUAAUACCAAUAAAAUAUGAAGUAAAUUGGAAUUCAAGGAAGUUGCGCUUAUCUGUACAUAGGCGUUUCUGAGGCGGAGUGGAAUUUAAACCGAAUCAUUAACGUUAUCUCACAGGAAAGUGUUAAAACCCAAGCUAAGUGGACUGACACACCGUUUCUGAGUCUGAAUAUAGCGGACGUGGGAUAUUAAAUGUGUAUUUAUGUGUAACUGGUGCUAUAAUGUCAGAGAUAAAGCCCUGCAAAGUCUGUAACUUAAGCCGUGAGAAAUAUUACGGCGUGGUGGUGGUUUCACUGAGUCAACUCAGAGUCAAAGGUAGUGAAGCAUUGGGCUACAACUCAACCCCUGUGUCCGUGGUGCUCGACGAUGAUGGAACCGUUGUGGAAGAUGAUGCUUACUUCUUGUGUCUUCCCCCGAAUACCAAAUUCAUGUUCUUGCAAGAUAAAGAGAUGUGGAAGCCUGCAAAGCGAUUUGAUGGAGGCACGGCAUGGCUCAUGCGGUCGUUUGACACGGGCAAUGACGCAGUCGACGGCACGCAUGGAGAUGUAGAACCCUGGCACCGUUUAGCUGAUCAACUGAGACAGGACCUGGCCAGCAUCGUUCUCAUGUCUGAGGCUGAUCUAGAGAGUCUGGUAGCUGUACCCUGUGCAGUCCUGGCCUCAGCGCUCACUUUCACAGAACAGAAAACCCGUGAUUUACAAGACACCUUGCAGAGAGUGCUGGACCGCAGAGAAGAGGAACGACAGUCCAAAGAGCUGCUGCAGCUCUAUCUGAAAGUUGUGGAGAAAGAGCGCAGUCAAGAUUUGCAACAAGGUGAAACAGCACAGGAUGAGGUGGAUUGCAUUGAGGUGGACUCAGCUGUAGGGUUUAACUCUAGGACACUGCUGGUUUUGAAGGGCAAAACAAGCCCUGAAACGAGACUCUCCAACGAGGAACUGCAGAUGGUGCUUAGGCAGGGAGUGGAGACGAUGAUGGACGAGCUGGGCUGGGACAGAGGCAGGACUAUGGUGUUACUACAGGCCUGUGAAGAAGAGCUGAGUAAACGUCUGCAGCAGGUCCAAGCCAUGCAGUCGCUCAGCGCUCACUCACAGUGCACCGAUUCCACAACACAACCACAGAAAGAGGAGACCAGAGCUAAACGUCGAAAAUAACCGAAGCACAGUUUUAACUUCUCUGGAGAUACACAUGUGCAUUCAGGGUUAUAUUGUUUUGUCUAGUUCUAUUCAUUUUGAUACUUAAAAAAUUGGAUAUAAUUUUUAAGAUCAUAUGUGUUAAGAAUUGGCUUAUUAUCUGCUCAGACAAAUUUCUCACAUGAAGUAGCUUUGUAUUCGGUUCAGUUUAAAGCUCGUAGUUUAUUUACCUGCAAAAAAUGUGACGUGAUGUUUGCACCACUGGUGUAUAUUCCACUGCUUUGGCGCACAUAAAGAAAAUACCAUUUUUUAUGUCUAAGAUUUACAAGCAAAGUGAAAAUCUGUUCUUUUAACUGUGACAUUUUAUAUAUCUACUUAUAUCUACUUAUAUAUAUAUGUAUAUAUACUUUAUAUAUAUACUUUAUAUAUCUACCACAAUGCUGACAAUUUUAUAUAAUAAUCCAUUAUAACAGUUUCUAGAUGGGAUGCUCUUUAAAUAAAUAUAUAAAUAUAUAUAAAAUAACCUACCAUGCAUGUCUUUGGACCGGGGGAGGAAACCAGAGUACCUGGAGGAAACCCCUGAGGCACGGGGAGAACAUGCAAAACAAUA